UGUAAACUAUGCACGCACCAACUGCAUGGAAAUGAUCAUCUACCGCAUUGCUGUAUUACAGGGGGGUGCCUGCAUUGCGCAGGCUUGGCCAAUACUCCCAUCCCCUCCAAGGAGCAUAAAACUGCCUGGGCCACAGUGAAUAGUCGGUGCUGUAUGAGGUCGCAGCCACAGUGCUUUUGUUCCUGAGGCUCAAUCCAAGUUCUCAGAAUGGGGAAGGAGAAGAUCCACAUCAACAUCGUUGUCAUUGGCCACGUGGACUCUGGCAAGUCCACCACCACUGGUCACCUCAUCUACAAGUGCGGAGGCAUCGACAAGAGGACCAUUGAGAAGUUUGAGAAGGAGGCUGCUGAGAUGGGCAAGGGCUCCUUCAAGUAUGCCUGGGUGUUGGACAAGCUGAAGGCUGAGCGGGAGCGCGGGAUCACCAUUGACAUCUCCCUCUGGAAGUUCGAGACCACCAAGUACUACAUCACCAUUAUUGACGCACCAGGCCACAGAGACUUCAUCAAGAACAUGAUCACGGGGACCUCUCAGGCAGACUGUGCAGUCCUCAUUGUGGCAGCCGGGGUCGGGGAGUUUGAGGCAGGGAUCUCGAAGAACGGGCAGACGAGGGAGCACGCCCUUCUGGCCUACACACUGGGCGUGAAGCAGCUCAUCGUGGGAGUCAACAAGAUGGACUCCACCGAGCCGCCCUACAGCGAGAAGCGCUAUGACGAGAUUGUGAAGGAGGUCAGCGCUUACAUCAAGAAGAUCGGCUACACCCCGGCCGCCGUGCCCUUUGUGCCCAUCUCUGGUUGGCAUGGGGACAACAUGCUGGAGCCCUCCCCAAAUAUGCCCUGGUUCAAAGGCUGGAAGCUGGACAGGAAAGAGCACCAUGCAAGCGGAGUCACUCUGCUUGAGGCCCUGGACACCAUCAUGCCCCCAACACGGCCCACAGACAAGCCCCUCCGCCUGCCUCUGCAAGAUGUCUACAAGAUCGGAGGUAUUGGGACAGUGCCGGUAGGACGGGUGGAGACAGGGAUUCUGAGGCCCAGUAUGGUGGUGACCUUUGCCCCUGUGAACAUCACCACUGAGGUGAAGUCGGUUGAAAUGCACCAUGAAGCCCUCAACGAGGCUCUGCCCGGAGACAAUGUGGGCUUCAACGUGAAGAACGUGUCUGUGAAGGACAUCAGGCGAGGAAACGUGUGCGGGGACAGCAAGUCUGACCCACCCCAGGAAGCCUCUGCAUUCACGGCCCAGGUGAUUAUCCUGAACCACCCUGGCCAGAUCAGUGCAGGAUACUCCCCUGUUAUUGACUGCCACACUGCCCACAUCGCCUGCCGCUUCGCCGAGCUCAAGGAGAAGAUUGACCGCCGCUCCGGAAAGAAGCUGGAGGACGACCCCAAGACCCUCAAAUCUGGAGAUGCUGCCAUUGUGGAAAUGGUCCCUGGGAAGCCCAUGUGUGUGGAGAGUUUCUCCAAGUACCCACCCCUGGGCCGAUUUGCCGUUAGGGACAUGCGGCAGACAGUGGCUGUUGGUGUCAUUAAGAACGUCGAGAAGAAGACCAGCGGCGCCGGAAAGAUCACCAAGUCGGCCCAGAAGGCCCAGAAAUCUGGCAAAUGAAUUGAGCGGCGUCAGAACGGGAGCACCUCGCCCGAAAAUCUCCAGCCCCCUGCCGAGCUCCAGCACCACCUCCCUGCCGGGCAUGCCCACACAUGUGCUUGUAACACACUCUUUGUCAAUGACUGGAUGUUAACCAUCAAAGUUCAAUGGAAGUUCUUCAAGAGGAAAAGCAUGCCCCUGCAUUCCUUAGGCUACUUGUGAAUUUUACCAUUAAACUAGUCCAAGCAUUGCGCUGCUGUCAGUAUUGUUAUUUCAGCACAAACAUGGGCUGCAGACAGAGGGGAAUCUGUCUGGGGUGAACUAAGCAAAUAGUUCACCCAAAGGAGAUGAAUGGCUCCCCUCUUCAUCAAAUGUCACUCAAGGAGUUGUUGUGAAAAAAAGAAACAUUUUUGCUAGAGCUUAAUCCAGCGCCUAAUGAUGUAGAAUAUUUAUUGCGGUGUGUUGCAAAGAACUAACCACUAGGGGGCAGGCCUCUUCCAAAUAUCAAUAUGUAAAUCUUAGCCAAGAGCAAAAAUGGUAAAUGUGUUUAUUUGUUCAUGGAGAUGGACUGUAAAUUUCAAUGAUCUGAUUGUAAAUUUUCAUUUCAAAAUCACC